CGAGCGCUGGUCCUCGCUGGGUAUGAAUCGAUAGCCCAGGUGCAUUAAUGGUUUAGGCCCACCUUAAACAUUUGAAUAUGUAACGAUCUUUGCGCUUAGGGGUCUCACUGUGACGCAGAAUCAAGAUAAAGCGGAGCUGCCCACGCCUUUUCUGCCAAGGCGCGAUUCCUGCGCCUGCCGCUGCUGUUGCUGCUUUAUAUCGCGCGGCGGCCAGCCGGAGGAGAGACGCGCCUUCACGACUGCUUGAGACUCUGCGAUUCUUCUCUUUCUCGCACGAGGAGCUGGCAUCGCCAUGAAGCUUCUUCCCUAUCUUCUUGCUGUAAGCUGCACCCUGGGAGUUAUCUCGGCGUUGCCCAUUUCAAAAGAAGAAAGGGAGCAGAAUGCGGUGAAGGAGUGUAUCGUCGAAGUCCUCUCUAACGCACUCGGCAAAGCCAACGCACCCCCCGUCGAUCCCUCCUGCAAAGACAUCCUACAGAAAAGUCCAAAACAUGAAACCACCGAAAAGAUCGAUGAAGAGCCAUUAAAAUCAGACGAAGGCAACAAGGAAGAGCAAGUAGAGGACAUAAAAAGACACCAGGAAGAAGUUAACAACAACGAAUCUGAAGAGGCUAGAAGACAACAGAAAGAAUAUGACAAAAGACAUUACAAAGAGAAAGAUGAGAGAAACCACAAAGAAGAAACGGGUGAAGAAAGCAGCAGUGCAGAAGAAAGAAGACACUAUGAGAAAGAAACUAAAAGAAAUCCUCCGAGCAGGGAAGAUGAUCUGAAACAGGAUCAGCCUGAAGAAAAGAGAGACGAAAGCUAUGAGAAUUCACAGGAUGUGACCGAUGGUAUUUAUGCAGGUCACUACAAGAGAUCUGAGAGCUACGACAAUUCGCAGGAUGUAACGGACGGUAUUUAUGCAAGUCACAACAAGAGAGGUGAAAGCUAUGACAAUUCACAAGAUGUGACCGAUGGCAUUUAUACAAAUCACUACAAGAGAGGUGAAGAGGACUCUGGUGAGGAACAAGGCCUUGAAACCCAGCAGCAUCCUAGGAGCUCAAACGAGCCAGCAGAAAGUGAAGACCGAGAAAAGCGGCGUUACCGGGUUCGUAAGAUCUAUUACAGGAAACAUAAAAGGAAUCAUUCCUCUGAAGAACAUGUCGGGGAAAAGUCUAAUGAGUCAAUGUCAGAAGAAAAAAGGAACCUACAGCAAGGGGAAGAGGAGGAUCAUUGGGAAGGAAAAAAAUAUCCAUCUGAGCAAAUUACCAAGCCAGACACAGAGAAAAGACAUUAUGAUGAAAAGAGACACCACUCAGAAGAAAGUGAAGAGGAAAGACAUAGUGAGAAAAAAAGAUCCCAUUUUGAAGAUGGUGAAGAAGGAAACGAGGAACACUCUGAUGAGAAGAGACAAGAAGAAAGUGCAAAACACCAUAGUGAAGAAGAAAGAAGCCGUGACCAUGAACAUGACAAGUUGGGUCAUUACACUGGAGGGGAAGAAAACGAGGAAGAACAAGAUCAGCACCACGAACAGAAAAGGCAUGAAGCUGAUGUUGGUGAUGAGCAGGAAGAACAACAUAAUCACGAUGAAAAAAUGAGACAGCAUUCUGAAGAAAGUGAGGCAGAGGAAGAAAGGCAUCCUCAUCAAGAUAACUUAAAGAAAAGCGAGGACAUAGCAGGAGAUAAGCAACAUUCCAAGGAAAAACGGGAUGACUCAAAAGAAAGUGAAGAGGAGAUCAAAAAAAGGCAUCAUCUUAGUGAUGAAGACAAAGUAGGAGAAGAGGAAAAACAACGUAAAAAACGCAGCAGUUUAGAAGAUCACGAAGAAGACAGAACACAACAGCAUUACUCUAAAAAGAAAAGCCAUCCUUUAGAAGACAAGGAAGAAGAGACAAAGAGGCAACACUAUGAAGUCAAACGCCACCACUCAGAAGAGAGUGAUGAAGAGGAACAAAGACAUCAUAGUGAUGUAAAACGACACCACUCUGAGGAAAGACAGGAGGAGGAAGAAGAAGAAAGUGAAGAAAAACAGCAAUAUGAGAAAGAAAAGCAUUACCAUUCUGAGGAAAGUCAGGAAGAGGAGGCGGCCAAGGAAAAGAAACACCAUGAAGCCAAGCGCCAUCACUCAGAAGAAAGUGAGGAAGAGGAACAAAAGAGACCUCACCAAGAAGCUAAGCGCCACCACUUAGAAGAAAGUGAUGAAGACAAUGAAAAGGAACAUCAUAGCAAAGCUAAGCAUCACCACUCACAAGAAAGUGAAGAACAGGCAAAAGUUAAGCGACAUCGCCCAGAAGAAAGUGAGGAAGAGGAGGAAGAGAGACCUCAUCACGAAUCCAAGCGCCACCACCCAGAAGAAAGCGAGGAAGAGAGACCUCAUCAUGAAUUCAAGCGCCACCACCUAGAAGAAAGCGAGGAAGAGGAGGAAGAGAGACAUCACCUUGAAGCCAAACGCCAUCAUUCAGGAGAAAGUGAGGAGGUGGAAAAGAGACAUCACCAUGAAGCCAAGCGCCACCACUCAGAAGAAAGUGAGGAAGAGGAGGAAGAGAGACAUCACCUUGAAGCCAAACGCCAUCAUUCAGGAGAAAGUGAGGAAGAGUUGGAAAAGACACAUCACCAUGAAGCCACACGGCAUCACUCAGGAGAAAGUGAGGAAAAAAGACAUCACAAUGAAGCAAAGCGCCAUAACUCAGAGGAAAAUGUUGAGCCAAACAGAGAGGAGAAAGAGGACAAGAGACAUCAUAAUGAGGCAAAGCGCCACCACUCAGAAGAAAGUGAGGAAGAGGAAAGACACUUCUCUGUUGAAGAGAAGCACCAUCACUCAGAAGAAAGUGAAGAAGAACCAGAAAAAAGGCAUCUGACAGAAGAUAAAAGGCACAUUUCAAUGGAUGACAGCAAUGAGGAUUUUAGGAAGAGGCAUCUUCCUUGGAAAAAAGUACAGUACAGUGAGGAGGAAGCAAACAAUUACCAGAGUGAAGAUGAACAAGACAGGGAAGAUGAUGAAAAUGCCUUCCAUGAUGUAGAAAUCUCAAAUCCCAAUCAAUGGACCUAUAAGGAGAAAUCUACCAAUAGGCAACAUCCAUAUUUGAGACAGCUAUGGUGGCCUAAAAGUUACAAUGUUCAAAAUAACCUGAGAGCAAGUAACCUUGGACACGAAGAAAAGAGUCGACUAGAUGCCAAGCGCCAGUAUGGAGACCUUGAAGAAGAAGACUGGUGGGACAAGAGGCAUGACAGUAUGCCAUACUGGGAACAGGAGGAGAAAAGGAAUUACCUCUCUGCGCAUAGUUUCCCAGAGAAGAGGCAAUAUGGCAGUAACAGGAUGGAUGAACUUGCAAAGCUGUUAAAUUAUAAAAAGUCUGUUCCAUUCCCAGAGACCGAGUCAGAAGAGCAAAGUCACCAUGAGUUAAGAGGGGAAUUGAAGAGUCUCCAUCAGAAACCUUUAACACAAGAAGAGGAGAACGAACUUGACAACCUGUCUGCUAUGGACUUAGAACUGCAGAAAAUAGCAGAGAAGCUUCAUGGAAACCACAGAGGAUAAACACGAGAGACUAUGGGAUGCAAAGAGUUUUCUUAAGAUCUAAAGAUAAAUUUGUUAUUAAAGUAUCAAAAAUACAAGUACUAUUCAGCAACGGUGUUAUUUAUAUAACAAAUUAAAAAAAAAAACAAAAAGCAUUAUUGUCCACUUCUAUUUGAGACACUGGUGGAGAUCUUUGUAUUGUGCAUUUUCAAUGUUAUUCAACGCUACAUGGCAUGAAAAUUACUUAGAGACAUAUUUAUUCUGAAAUGGUUGUUUCUGUUUUGAGAGAUAAUCUAUGUUUUUGAGUUUGCAAAUAAUAAAAUCCAACACUCUGGGACCAAACCACA